AUUUGGUAAUACUAGUAUAAUAGCAUUUAAGUCAAUCUUAUUUCAAAUGGUUGAUUAGCCUGUAAAGAAAGCUGUGAAUAAUUCAUUAUAUAAACUUGUUUUAAAUGUUUACGAUAUUCCAUUUCGAUUGAAUUCUUCACUGUGUGAGUCAAAUGCAUUUGUUAUAGACUUAAAGCAUACUUAUGGAUUGAAAACAUCAUAUCGGUGAGGAGAUUAAGCAGUUUUUAAACCGGACUGUGAUUGUGUGAAACGCCCACGCGCCCACUUGCCAAGUCAUCAGUUUCCCCUUGUCGGCCGGUCGAUCUUCUAAGUAGGGCGUUGCAGUAUGGGUAACUUCCUGUCGCGGGUGACGGCGGCCCGACGGCGUCUCAAGAACAUAGCAGACGUGUUCGAGGGUCGCAUACCGCGCGUCCUCAUCCUUGGGCUGGAUGGAGCAGGCAAGACUUCGUUCAUGUACAAGUGUAAGCUGGACCACGUAAUCUACGCGAACGAUGCACCCCGGGGUGUGAACAUAGAGCACGCCCGGCCCCGUUGGGGAGCCCGCCUGCAGCUAUACGACCUGCCGGGUUCAAAACUCUCAAGACACCUUUGGCACGACUGGUUCAAAAACGUGGAGGCGGUGGUGUUCGUGGUGGACGGUGGGGACCGGGUGCGGGCGGACGAGGCGCGCUUCGAGCUGCACGAGCUCCUCCAGAACGGCCGCCUCCGUCGGGUGCCGCUCGUCGUCGUCAAUAACAAGCAGGACGUUGAAGGUGCGAUGGCGGAGGAGGAAAUGCGGACUGUGCUGGACCUGGCCACCAUUCAGGACCGUGACGUCAGUCUCCACAACGUCUCCGCCGUCAACGGCACUAACGUCAAGCCCGUUCUCACUGACGUCGUCGACAAAAUUAAAGCAUUCCGUCACUACAAGAGCGGGUUGGGCGUUACCGGUAAGGCCGAGACACCGGGGUCAUCUAAAACCGGAAGUGAUAUCGGGAAAGAUAAAGAUAGUAUGAAGUUUUCAAGCAUUGAGGAUGCGGAUAAUAAUGACAAUGUGCCUUCUUUGUUCGGUAAUCUGAGCAAAUCUGAGCCAACCACUGACCUAGACGCGGUCAGUGACGUCGUUCCCGGCCCUUCCACUUACCAGCCCGACCAGCCGUUGUACGCGGGCCACUCCGGGCAACCCACCGCAAGCGAGGUGUCGAGCGAUGUUAGCAGCGAUCACAAACCCUCUUAUGAUAGUGAAAGCUACAAUGUUCAGAAUCCCGAUGGCGUUUUGAUUCAGCCCGUCGAUGGUAAUAUUGUAGCCAAUGAAGGCACAGAAAAUACUGGCCGAAGUGAAGAGACAUCCAGUGAACACGACAGCCAGUCCCAUGCCGAUAUUGCGUCUCAUUUAGACACAAACAUCAAUGAAUUUAACAGUUCGGAAGCGGAGGAUAUUUCCACUGAGGACGCUAACUCAAAUACUGUAAAUGCCUAUGAGGCGAGCGAAAGUGAAAGUGUUUCGGAACGUUUCGACGAACCCGAGCAAAAGUCCGCUAAAGUAGUCGUUGACGAGGCAAGCGUGGUUGAUGGUGAAAGCACGAGUAUUAGCGAGGACUCGGACUCGAGUGACGGCGACAGCGAGUGUGUAAGGGGGCUUGAAGACAUCGCCCGCCAGCAUGCCGUAGCUGUGUAAAAAUGUUCCAUCGGUGUUUGGGUUAGCCCUGGGUGCAGCCCUGUAGCCCUGUUGGUGUAGCCCUGUACCAGCGGCGGUAAAGUCGCCGUAAAGACUGCAAUAGCGGUGAUUCGUUCGCCGUGUAAUUCUGUUGUAGCGGCUGCUACGUCGCCGUGUAGCACUGCACCACCGGCGAUUGGUCGACGUGAAACUCUGUUACAGCGGCGGUAAGGUCGCCGUGUAGCAUUGCAUCAGGGUUGGUUGGGUCGUCUUAUUGUAUCGUAGUAUUGUUGCUGCGGAGUGUUUUUAAAUACAUGUGCUGUUGAAAUGGUAUUUCAUUGUGUUUAUAAACACAUGCA